UUACCUGUCGACGGAUCCAGGUGCCCGCGUGUCCGUGUGCCCACGAGUCGUAGAAGCGGACCCAAUCGAACCUCAAGGCGCCGCUCUUCGUUGCGUGCCUACGUGUCCUAGGUGUGUGUGUGGAAGUGCGCGCGUGUGUUGGUGGUGCCGUGAGUCAGUGAGCGCAAAAAAGAUAACACAAAGAGCCACAGUGAAAGAUCGAGACGCACACACUCAUAUGCGACCUGCAAUGAAAAUAAAGUAGAGAAAAGAGUGCGCCAGUGUUGGUGUGUGUGUGUUAGUGCGAGUGUGUGUUUUGUGCUGGAAUAACAGAGAAAAUAAAUGGAAAUUAAAUGAAGCUGCAAAAACUGCCAAAUAAACAAAGUGCUAUGCGAUGCAUAAAUGAGAACCCGAAGGGAGUUACCUGUAUAAUCAUCAAGACUUCUGCGCCUUUCUAGAGGCCUCUAGCCGAGAGACAAAUCCUCCGUAGAGGAUCGAGCCAUGUCGCACAAGACGAGCAGCCGUCGCAGCAGCGACCUGGAGUGUCCACUGGCCUCCUUGGGCCGCAACAGCAACGCGGUGCGCGACCACUACCACCAUCCGCAUCCGCUGAGCUCCAGCCCCCUGGAUCCGCAGGCCUACAAAAUGAUGUCGCGCAAGUCACCCAAUCCCGGCAUGGAUGUGGUGGGUGAAACCCUGGCCUCCCGCGGCUCCACGCCGCCCAGCGAUCAGGCGACGGCAUCUUCAACGGCAGCCGUGCUCCACAUGGUGCAGCAAAAGGCGGCCACCUUCGAACUCCGGGGUCGCCACUCGCGACCCGAACAGGCCAACUAUGGCGCCCAUUCGACGGCUUCUGUGGGCCGGCAUGCGAAGAAACCCCCCGAACUUCCGGCUCCUGCCUCCAGAAAUGUGGCACCGGUUCCGCAGCCCAGAAACUUCCUCACCCUCGAGCAUGUUCUACAGUUCGGGGCCCAGCGACCCAGCUGGAUGCACGGCAACAGUGCGGAUACGGAGGACUCCAGUGACAACAAUGCGGGUGGCGGGGGAACGGGCAGUGGGAGUGGAGGAACCGGAGGUCCGGGAGGACGGAGACGCUCUCAAGGAGGCAGAUGCAGUGUGCCCACUGUCCUGAGCAGCAAUGGCGGCGGCAGCAAUGGGGCACAGUACCUGCUGGACAAGAAGAUGGAGUCCCUGUAUCUGGGCAACGCCCUGCGAGCUCUUCCCUUGGGCGCCGAGGCGAGUCAGUUCCAGAACGAGCGCUACUACCUGGAGGACUACAGCAGCGGCAGCGGGAACGAGCGACUGCCAGAACUCAUGCACCACCCGCGCACUUCCAGUCCGAGCGAGACGAGCGGAUCGGACCGCUACCUGCUGAACCGGAGCUCGAACUCCAACCACCUGCACUCCAAGGGGCAGAGCCUCUCCGAUGGCCUGUGCAACCUGGGUCGCUUCUCGCCCAGCCUGGACCAGGGCUAUGCCACACUGGUCUCGCCCUCGCCAACUGGCCACCAUUCAAGUGGUGGCGUGGGCAACGUGACCAACUCCACGACGGCCAGUGGAGCGGGGAUCAUGGCCAGCAGUACGCCAACCACCACGCCACGAAGAGGAGUCUCCAGCAACGGAGUGGGCGGAGGAGGACCUGGCACGGCCAUUGGACCGCCGCCUUGGAAUCGCAAGGGUCCCUUCCGCUGCGGACCGCUCUUCGAUCGCCUGCCCGACGAGGCCGUCGUCCGGAUCUUCUCCUGGCUGGACAGCUGCGAGCUGUGCAACGUGGCGCGGGUCUGUCGGAGAUUCGAGCACCUCGCCUGGCGUCCCGUCCUCUGGAAGGUCAUCUCGCUAAGGGGCGAGCACCUGAAUGGAGACAAGAUCCUCAAGAUGAUCUUCCGGCAGUUGUGUGGCCAGAGUUGCAAUGGCGCCUGUCCGGAAGUGGAGCGCGUGAUGCUCGCCGAUGGCUGCCGCAUCUCAGACAAGGGCCUCCAGUUGCUCACCCGUCGCUGCCCGGAACUGACCCACCUCCAGCUGCAGACCUGCGUGGGCGUCUCCAAUCAGGCUCUCGUCGAGGCUCUGACCAAGUGCAGCAAUCUGCAGCAUCUCGAUGUGACGGGCUGCAGCCAAGUAAGCAGCAUCAGUCCGAAUCCCCACGUGGAGCCACCUAGACGCCUCCUGCUGCAAUACCUGGACCUCACGGACUGCAUGGCCAUCGACGAUAUGGGCCUUAAGAUCGUGGUCAAAAACUGUCCCCAGCUGGUUUAUCUGUAUCUGCGUCGCUGCAUACAAAUCACUGAUGCGGGUCUGAAGUUCGUGCCCAGUUUUUGUGUUUCGCUGAAAGAGUUGAGUGUGUCCGACUGUUUGAACAUCACAGAUUUUGGUUUAUACGAGUUGGCCAAGUUGGGAGCGGCUCUUCGCUAUCUUUCCGUGGCCAAAUGCGAACGGGUUUCGGAUGCCGGACUGAAGGUCAUUGCCAGGCGAUGCUACAAGCUGAGAUAUCUGAACGCCCGGGGAUGUGAGGCUGUUAGUGACGACUCCAUCACCGUUUUGGCCCGUUCCUGUCCGCGGCUGAGAGCCCUGGACAUUGGCAAGUGCGAUGUUAGCGACGCGGGACUGCGGGCCCUGGCAGAAAGUUGUCCGAAUCUGAAGAAGCUGAGUCUGCGCAGCUGCGACAUGAUCACUGAUCGCGGGGUGCAGUGCAUCGCAUACUACUGCCGUGGAUUACAGCAGCUGAAUAUCCAGGAUUGCCCAGUGUCCAUCGAGGGUUACAGGGCGGUAAAGAAGUACUGCAAGCGCUGCAUCAUCGAGCACACCAAUCCGGGAUUCUGUUGAGGAGCUCCUUUGGCGGCAGCCAACACAAAAGCACAGAGGCAGGCCAUAAAAGCAGUGAUUCUUGAUGGAACCAACUGCACAGAAUAAGGGAAUUUAUGGGCUAAAGGGUUCUUAGUCCAGUUGGGAUAACCCCCAUAAUAACAAAGUGCCACGGAAAUCAGCUGGACUUUCAGAACUCAAGUUUUAGUUCAAGGAUCAUUUAGCAAAAGGAUGGGAAGAUAUUGGUUCCGCAGUAAAUUGAAGCUAUUCAAGAUUGCCACCACCUUGCCACAAACCAAUACUUUCUAUCCUUAGCUAAAGGUGAUCAUCGAGUUUAGUUGUUAUUGUAAAUUGUAAAUAUCAAAUGGAAGCCGGACAGGAUUAGCGUAGCAUAGAACAUGUUCAAGUAGACUAUGUUUAAGUAGACUAAUUCUUGGCGUAAUAAAUUAUUGUCCCCA